AUGGAGGGCCAUAAUUACGAACGCUUCGGGGAGGGGGAGAGGAACAACUAUCAGAUUGAUUACAGGAGGAUUGUCGGGGAUACGGAACCGGCGUGGCCUCACCUUGCGGGCAGAGAUGGGGAGCAAGCACAGUCGUACGGAACCUACAGCCACUCCGCGACCCAUAGCCACGGGCACGAGACGGCCGCGCAGCGAUACAGCGCCACGCGUAUCCAAGCUGGGUAUGAACCAGAGAGCAUGGCCGACUACUUGAUCAGCGGCGGCACAGGCUACGUUCCCGAGGACGGCAUGACUGCGCAACAGCUCUUCGCCAUCGGCGACGGGCUGACGUACAAUGACUUCUUGAUCCUCCCUGGUUUCAUAGAUUUUACCGCUGAUGAAGUGGAUCUAACCUCUGCAUUAACACGGAAGAUCACACUGAAGACGCCUCUCAUUUCAUCUCCCAUGGAUACAGUCACAGAGUCAUCCAUGGCCAUUGCUAUGGCAUUAAUGGGCGGGAUCGGAAUCAUUCAUCAUAACUGUACAGCUGAGUUCCAGGCCAAUGAGGUGCGCAAAGUCAAGAAAUUCGAACAGGGCUUCAUCACAGACCCCGUGGUAAUGAGCCCGCAACACACGGUAGGCGACGUGUUCGAAGCCAAGAUCCGCCACGGUUUCUCUGGGAUCCCUGUUACAGAGACCGGCAAGAUGGGAAGCAAGCUAGUUGGCAUCGUCACCUCUAGAGACAUUGACUUCCUCUCUGAGAAGGACCACGACAGACCUCUGGAGGAGGCAAUGACAAAAAGGGAGGAUCUAGUUGUCGCGCCCGCUGGGGUCACACUAAAAGAAGCUAAUGACAUUUUACAACGUAGUAAAAAAGGUAAACUUCCAAUCGUCAACGACAGCGACGAACUUGUGGCUAUCAUCGCCAGAACCGACUUGAAGAAGAACAGAGACUACCCUCUGGCUUCAAAGGACUCCCGCAAGCAGCUGCUCUGCGGGGCGGCCAUCGGGACCAGGGACGAUGACAAGUACAGGCUGGACCUCCUCAUGCAGGCGGGCGUGGACGUGGUGGUCCUGGACUCUUCCCAGGGUAACUCGGUGUAUCAAAUCAACAUGAUAAACUACAUCAAACAGAAGUACUCCGAACUCCAGGUGGUCGGUGGGAACGUGGUAACAGCUGCUCAGGCUAAAAACCUCAUUGAUGCCGGUGUAGAUGCCCUUCGGGUGGGGAUGGGAUGCGGCUCCAUCUGUAUCACACAGGAAGUGAUGGCGUGCGGGCGGCCUCAAGGCACGUCGGUGUACAAAGUGGCAGAGUACGCGCGACGUUUCGGAGUACCUGUAAUUGCUGACGGUGGUAUUCAGACCAUCGGGCACGUGGUCAAAGCGCUAGCACUUGGGGCAUCAACCGUGAUGAUGGGCUCCCUCCUCGCGGCAACCACCGAGGCUCCGGGAGAAUAUUUCUUUUCCGACGGUGUGCGUUUGAAAAAGUACAGAGGAAUGGGCUCCUUGGAUGCCAUGGAGAAAAACAAUAGCCAGAAGCGUUACUUCAGCGAAGGAGACAAGGUGAAAGUGGCUCAAGGUGUUUCGGGGUCAGUCCAAGAUAAGGGCUCCAUUCAGAAAUUUGUGCCGUACCUUAUCGCUGGUAUUCAACAUGGCUGCCAGGACAUCGGAGCAAAGAGUUUGUCAAUUUUACGGUCAAUGAUGUAUUCUGGAGAGUUGAAGUUCGAGAAGAGAACAAUGUCUGCUCAGAUGGAAGGCGGAGUGCACGGCCUUCACUCUUAUGAGAAGCGACUGUAUUGA